AUGGGAGCCAACCAAUCCUACCAACUAAAAACAUUUAGGGGACAAAACCAGACUAGUCAGAGAAAAAACAGCAGGAUUAGUCAAGACAGUGUGGAUUCGACUGUCAGUCUUAACAUUGUUAAUGUUAGGGGACGGGCAUUUCUCAAGAACUCCAAUGAUACAUAUUUGUUGGCAGCGGACGAUCUAGAGGUCGACAGAUUAAAUCAACGACAUGACGUACAAUGGUUCAUUUGGAAGUCUCUUUUCUCUUCUCCGGUAAAAACACUGCUAAAUUUGGGCGGCAUGAAUGUACUUGACGAACAAAUAUUCCCAAAUCUACUAAGACUCUUAAAACCUGGUGGCUGGUUAGAAAUAACUGAAUAUGAAAGGAAAUUGUAUGAAGCAGGUCCAAAUUCUGAAUUUUUAAUGGACAAACUGUCUUCAGUUUUUCACAACCGUGGAGCCAGUGGUAUUCCAGCAUACGAAAUUCUUCCGGAUCUAUUCCAGAAAAAUAAUCUCAUCGAAUUUCGUCGUGAAGACAAAUUUGUAAAAUACCGAGAUAUUCAAUUGGCAAUUAACGAUUUCUUUUACACAUUCAACACCUUAAAGUAUGUGGUUAUGGAAUUUACCAGCUUGGGUUCCUCCAAAUAUGAAAAGUUGCUGACCGACGCCUGCAAGGAAUUAGUGGAAUACGAAACAACGUUUCACGUCACGAGAUUCUAUGCCCAAAAACCACAUCUAAAAAACUCGGAUCGCCUUACAUUCAUGUGA